UUUAUUCAUCCGCCCCAAGUCCCAUUGUUUUUUUUGGUUCACCAAAUGGAAUUUAAUAUUCCAGUUCCAUUAGAGGGUCUCGGAGAAACAAGACCAACUGCUUUCUUGACGAAAACAUACAACAUAGUGGAGGAUUCAAGCACAAACAACAUAGUUUCAUGGAGCAGAGACAACAACAGCUUCAUCAUUUGGGAACCAGAGACUUUCGCCCUAAUUUGUCUCCCUAGAUGCUUUAAGCACAACAAUUUCUCCAGCUUUGUUAGACAGCUCAAUACUUAUGGGUUUAAGAAGGUUAAUACAGAGAGAUGGGAGUUUUCAAAUGAGUAUUUUCUGAAGGGACAGAGAAAUCUUCUUAAGAACAUCAAGAGAAGAAAGACUUCAUCAUCUCAAACACACACACAGUCACUAAAAGGCGGGAGAAUUGGACCAGAAGGAGAGAUUGAGGAGCUGAGAAGUGACAGAGUAGCUCUAGUAUUAGAACUUGAGAGACUGAGACGAAAACAAGAAACCAUGAAGACAUAUCUUCAUUCGAUGGAAGAGAAACUGAAAGUCACAGAAGUGAAGCAAGAAAUGAUGAUGGAUUUCUUGCUUAAAAAGAUUAAGAAACCUAGUUUUUUUAAGGGCUCAAGGAAACGUAAGAUGCAAGGAUUCAAGAAUCGAGAGCGAAGGAAAGAGGUUCAUGAAACGAUUGUUAAAGCUGAGCCGGAAGAGUAUCUUAAUGAUACUGCUGAUCAAUAUAGAGGUGUGUUUGCUUAUGGCGAUGAGCUUCACAUAGCUUCAUUGGAGGAUCAAGGACAAGAAGGAGAUGAAAUGGAAACGGAUAGUGAAGGAAUCUGGAAGGGUUUUGUGUUAAGUGAAGAGAUGUGUGAUUAG